AUGACCAACAUAGUCUGCCUGCUCUACGUGGGCUGGGUCACCAACUACAUUGCCAGUGUUUAUGUGAAAGUGCAGGAGCCGAUCUCGGAAAAAAAGUUAGAGGAAGACAAAGGGGACACUUUACGGAUUAUAGAAAGGCUGGACCAUUUGGAAAAUGUCAUCAAGCAGCACAUCCAAGGUUGGUUUUGUGGAGAUCACAUAGUUGUCAAACAACUGAUAGAGAUACCUGUGACUUUCCCCAUUGUGGUGAUUUUUGGACUGGUAUUUAAAAACUAUUGUGCCUUUCUCAGAAAUGCUUACCUGAGCGAUCGCUUACCACUGGACAGGCCCCUGCCUGACCUCAGACCUAACGGGUGCAGAAACCUUACAUUUCCUGACAGGCUUCCUGAGGUCAGCAUUGUAUUCAUAUUUGUUAAUGAAGCUCUCUCGGUGAUUCUGCGCUCCAUUCAUUCAGCCAUUGACCGGACUCCUGCUCACCUGCUCAAAGAAAUUAUUUUAGUUGAUGAUAACAGUAAUAAUGAGGAACUCAAGGAGAAACUAAAGAAGUAUGUUGAUGAAGUGAAUGCCCAUAAGCCUGGUUUCAUCAAGGUUGUUCGACACAGCAAACAAGAGGGGCUGAUUCGAUCUCGAGUUAGUGGAUGGAGAGUAGCCACAGCACCAGUAGUUGCUCUCUUUGAUGCUCAUGUGGAAUUCAAUGUGGGAUGGGCUGAACCAGUGCUCAGCAGGAUAAAAGAAAACAGAAAAAGAGUAAUUUCUCCAUCAUUUGAUAACAUUAAGUAUGAUAAUUUUGAAAUAGAGGAGUAUCCCCUCUCAGCACAGGGAUUUGACUGGGAGCUGUGGUGCCGAUAUCUGAACCCUCCUAAGUCAUGGUGGAAACUGGAGAACACAACUGCUCCAAUAAGAAGCCCUGCGUUGAUUGGAUGCUUCAUAGUAGAUAGAGAAUAUUUCCAAGAGAUUGGCUUGCUGGAUGAAGGCAUGGAAGUAUAUGGAGGAGAGAAUGUGGAGCUUGGAAUCAGGGUAUGGCAAUGUGGAGGAAGUGUUGAGGUUCUACCUUGCUCCAGGAUUGCCCACAUUGAAAGAGCACAUAAACCAUACACAGAGGAUCUAACUGCUCAUGUCCGGAGAAAUGCACUAAGGGUGGCUGAAGUCUGGAUGGAUGAAUUUAAGAGCCAUGUCUAUAUGGCGUGGAACAUACCCCAGGAGGACUCUGGAAUUGAUAUUGGUGAUAUUUCUGAGAGGAAGGCCUUGAGGAAAAAGCUCCAGUGCAAGACCUUUAGGUGGUAUCUUGUCAGCGUGUAUCCAGAAAUGAGAAUGUAUUCAGAUACUGUUGCCUAUGGGGUGCUGCAGAAUUCCCUGAAAAGUGAUUUGUGCCUUGAUCAAGGGCCGGACACUGAGAACAUCCCGAUCAUGUAUCUCUGCCAUGGAAUGACACCACAGAAUGUUUAUUACACAAGCAAUCAGCAGCUCCAUGUGGGUGUUCUGAGUCCCACUAUCGACGAUGAUGACAACAGAUGCCUGGUGGAUGUGAACAGCAGGCCCAGGCUCAUUGAAUGCAAUUAUGCCAAAGCCAAGAGAAUGAAGCUUUACUGGCAGUUUACUCAGGGAGGUCCAAUCCAGAACCGAAAAUCCAAGCGUUGCCUGGAAUUGCAGGAAAACAAUGAAAAUGAAUUUGGAUUUCAACUCGUCCUUCAGAAAUGCACUGGACAACGCUGGGCUAUAACAAAUGUCCUGAAAAGCUUGUCAUCAUAGCAGACUAAAUUUUUUAUCCAUUUCUUUUGCUACUGUGUAGCAAAUACUGCAUUGUUGCCUGCUGUACUGUAUUCCUCUCAUCCACCACCCCCCCGGUUCCUUCUCUCCUCUUUUUGGUCCCUUUGAUUUUAUUUUGUGAGAGUGUGGAAAUUGGGUUUGUGGGCUGAAAAUAAGACGUUUUUAUUUCGCAAUGAUGUUUUCUUGGCAUUUAUAUAGACAUUGAAUGACAGGUGACGGGUAGGCUAUCCUAAAAUAUUUUACAACUGUAAAUAGGAAACAAAUGGAGAAUAUUUAUAACUCAAACUUUUAUUGAAUAAAAAAGUCCAAACACUA